GCGGAUUUAGCAUUCAGUUUAUCCCGAGACGUGAUCAGUUGAAAACGCUUUAACGCUUGCGUUUGAACAACCGCGGUUAACAUUCUCAGCAACAUGACAUCAUCCAGGCUGUUACGUGUUUCGAUUAUCGUUAUUAUUGUGGCCAUCGGUGCGAUUGUGCAUGAAUCACACCAACAAGACGUUACCAAUCUACCCGAUAUCGAGGGCUACAGGUUGCAUUGCAUCGAAGCCAGUGGCAUCACGGAAUCCGCCGCCAAAAAGCUACAAAGUGGGGUUGAAAUCGCCCAUCCCGAUCAAGCUACUAAGUGCUACGUUCAGUGCUUCUUCCAACGGCUUGCGUUGAUGAACAAAGUUGGCGUAGUGCAGAAGGGCAAACUGAUUAAAUUCCUCACCAAGGUGAUGGAGGAGGAACAGGCAAAGUCGAUAGUGGACAAGUGCGACGCCAGGCGGACAAAUCCGUGCGACACGGCGUACGAUAUGUUCAUCUGUUACAGGCAGAACAAGGCGAAAUUGCUUUGAGAGAGUAAUACGUAGUUGACCACUAUCGUGGCCUUGGUGAUGGAUUAACACGUGCGCUGCGUGAUUCAAUUGUGUGUAAGGAAUUAGAUCGUGAUUGAUGCUCUCAUCGACCAACUAACUUGCACACUACAUAGAAACUCUAGUGAGAACAUGCAACGCAAAUAAUCAUUCCCCUUUCAUCUCAUCCUUUUGAUACCCAAAACAUGCGGAGUGUUCCUUCGGUGCAUCGAAAGAACAAGAAACGCAUCCACUUCCUGCUUAUCAUGUUGCUCUGUGAAAAACAAAUUCACGAAUAAAUUAUCAAAAAAUGUC